CCUAACUGCUGUCAAAUCAGCUGUUAUACACAACUUUGCAAUGCAAUAUUGUUUUUUUCGUAAUACGAAUUAGUGGCAUAAAUUAAAGGUAAUUAGUGAAUUAAACCGUGCAUUAAAACGCCCUAAAAAGGCUUUUUUGUAGUGGACAUAGUGUCGGGAUUUUAUUUUUGAAUAAAAAUAAGUGUUUUAGUACACACUGUUUAAAUUGUUGUUAAAAUGUAUACCUAAAUAGGGGUGUCUUGUUCAUAAAAAUGUUCAUUAGUGUAUAAUUGUUGUGGCCAUGGUUUUAAGGACUGGAGACGCAAAGUCGCGACUUGUGACGCCAGGAUGUCUAUCGCCAUAGCAACCAUCGGAAUCUCUAGGAGAUGAGACGUAAAGAAUGUAGUUUGUCGGAUAAAAUAACGUAUUAUGGUCAGGUUAGAAAUGGAUCAAGCAGAAAGAUCUGACGAACAAAAUUGCGUCAACGAGGUAGUUGACACCGAAUUGGCGGAAGAGGCCUGCUUCUUCCUAAAAUGUGUUCCCAAAGAUAAAUUGGAGAAAACUGAAGAUGAAAAUCCUGACGAAUUGCCACAGGAAGCAGAAAACGUGGAGAAUGGAUGUGAGGAGGCAACAGCCUGUUGUGAAGUUAAUGGGAUUUUUGCAGAAGAAAAUGAUGACAGACAUUGGAUGGUGUGGUGGAAUGUUAGAGAACGAAAAGAAAGGGAUUUCCUUGCACUAUGUUAUGAAGAUAGUACGAAUUCAGAGGAGAGUAUCCUGAAACAAGAAGUUAAUGGUGAAGACAAUAGUACAAUGUGGUUGCUCGAUUUACCUCAGCACAAUGACUGUGAAAAGUUGUUAUGUUUUCGUUACUACGAUGGAACAACAUUGGACUGCAUAGCCCAAAGUGAUAAAUUUAUAAUUAAAAAGCCUAGUGAUAAAUUAAAAAAAUUGAUCAAAGUCAAACAAAAAAACAAAUACAAUGGAAUUGAAAAUGACGGGUUUCAAGAUGAAUGCGAAGUGCCACAAAUUAAAUCUAUUAGUAUAGAAGAAUCUGAAGUAAUGCCGAAAACUUGUAGCAUAGAAGACGUAAAUGAACAAAUUAUAUCGGGUGUUAAGAAAAAACAGGUAAAUGGAAUGAUUACCUCGGAAAGUACCGAGUCUAUAGGUGGAACGAAAAAGAAAAUUCGUUCUAAAGCGAAAUCGCCAAGCAAGGACUACUAUCAAAUAUGGACCGCGUAUAGUCCGACGGAAGAAAAUAUUGAAUUCAUUGAAAAUGCUCCUCCCCUGCCUCCUAGAACUUUACACAAGCCGCUGGAAAGAUCGCACGCUUUGGACAAUUUUACUCCACCUGUGGUCCUUCGGCAAAACAAACCAAAGAAAUCGCAAAACUUGGAAGACACUUUUGGUUUCGAUUUGAUAGAUACCGAUGAAGACUACAAGUCGUAUAGUACCACCUCGACAGCGAGCUCUCUAUCGGACGUAGAUGUCAAUGCUACUCCAACUCAUAAACUAAAAGCAGCUAUUUUGGAUAAAAAACAAAUAGGAAGUGAUAAUUAUAUAACUACAAUUGUAUGUAAAAAUGCUGAUAGUAUUUCUAGUCCCCAUCCUUCUCUUGAAAGCAGAGAUAGCCUAGGGUCCAUCUCUACGCAAAGCAGCUCUUCAAUAGAUGAAAUAACAGAGAGUUUGACCUUAAAACCACACAAACCUCUAAAAAGACAGCCUGACUUGGAAGAAACUUCAUUGGAGGACCCGUGUUGCUCCAGUAUACCACAAACACCGGUUCACCAGAGAAAGUGUAAUGGUAUAGGAAAAAGCAUGCCUUUAACAAGGCCAGCUCCAAAAGCCUUAGCAAGGGUAGCAGGAACAACUUGCGGCAGUCUAGUUUGUCCACCAACACCCACGCAUCAUUCAAGAAAGAAUAGAGGAGAUCUAAAACCACCAAACUUAAAAUCGGACGUAUUUGCGGAUUUUCCGCUAGGAGGUCAAGAAAUUUUGCCACCUCCAGAAAUUAAACAGGCCGACAUCCGACCUAUCGAUCCUUUAGAUUGGAGCACAUGCAAUGGAUCCGCCGAUUCAGAAGAAAAUAAAGCAAAAGACAAUCCACAUCUAAGCAUUAUUGCGAUGUCCGAAUUACGCAACAUAGACACUCGAAGUCCAGAAAUCAGAUGCCAAGAUCUAAUGAGCAAAGCGAGCUUAACACUAAGGCCAAGAGUAUCCGAGGAAGGGGCCAGUGGGGGUGUUCCAUUGCCCCUGCAAAGGCUUAGCACUGCCAGGUUGCCGUCCAUACCUGAAAGAGGACAUAGAAUAUUAGCUGUACCUGAAUUGCCUGGUGAAACCGAACCCUUACCGCCAUCUUGGGAAGCAAGAAUGGACAGUCAUGGUAGAGUCUUCUACAUCGACCAUGCUACAAGAACAACGUCCUGGACAAGGCCCGGAUGCUCGGCUUUGCCAGGCGUAAGCGGUGUUGGAGCCGAGCAGCAUAGAAGGCAAUUAGAUAGGCGAUACCAAAGCAUUAGAAGGACCAUUAGCUCCAACAGAUUGGAUCAAAUGGAUAACAGCACGGCACCCGGAUGCAAAUUGCUCACUAGGCCAGACUUUUUUACGGUUUUACAUAUGAACCAGGAAGCCUUGUCUGUGUACAACAGAAAUCCAACAUUAAAACAUAUGAUAGUAAGGAUUAGAAGAGAUCCUUUAGUAUUUGAUAAAUACCAACACAAUAAGGACUUGGUGGCUCUGGUGAAUUUAUUUGCUGACUAUGCUUUGGACUUACCGGUUGGUUGGGAUUCUAAAAAGGAUAGAAAUGAUAAGCAAUUCUUCAUUGACCAUACUAACAAACGCACAACUUACAUGGAUCCUAGAGUGCCUACUGAAACAUUAAGUUUUUCUAGAAGAGUUUCCAUUGAAGCUCCAACUCCACCGCCAAGGUCUACAAUAACGACCACCAGCUUUGUGUCAAAUGCAAACCCCAUUCCAGAUCUUCCAGUCGCUUACAACGAUAAAGUGGUUGCGUUUUUAAGACAACCGAAUAUUUACGAGAUUUUACGAGAGAGACAUCCGCCUAUCAGCAGUACGCAAUCGCUUCGAGAUAAAGUAAACGCUGUCAGGGUAGAUGGGACCACUGCUUUGGACAAGUUCAGUCAUGACAUUCACCUCACAAUUUUAUUAAGCCUUUUCGAACAGGAGAUUAUGUCGUAUGUUCCCGCGGUAGAGACACGGUCAUCUAGUGCUGCCAAUGCAAGAAGUCCCAGAGGAUCGCCGGCUCCGUCUCCUAUAGCUUCACCGGGAUUGGGCAGGCAUAGGGUGCAGGCUCCUCACAAACGAGACUUUGAAGCCAAACUAAGAAACUUUUACAGGAAAUUAGAGAGCAAAGGAUACGGACAGGGUCCUGGAAAAUUCAAGUUGCAUAUAAGAAGAGACCACCUUUUAGAAGACGCUUUUAGAAGAAUAAUGUCCGCAAAUAAAAAAGAGCUGCAAAAAGGAAAAUUGUGUGUUGUUUGGGAUAAUGAGGAAGGCUUGGAUUAUGGUGGUCCAUCUAGGGAGUUUUUCUUUUUGUUAUCCAGGGAACUUUUUAAUCCUUACUACGGUCUUUUCGAAUAUUCCGCCAAUGACACGUACACUGUCCAAAUUUCUCCUAUGUCUGCUUUUGUUGAUAAUUACCACGACUGGUUCAGAUUUAGUGGCAGGGUUUUGGGCUUGGCCCUAGUUCAUCAGUACCUAUUGGACGCCUUCUUCACACGGCCCUUUUACAAGGCCCUGUUGAGGCUCCCGGUGGCACUCUCGGAUUUGGAGAGUCUCGAUUUUGAGUUUCAUCAGUCGCUGCAGUGGAUUAGAGAGCAUGACGUUUCAAAUCAGGGCGAACUCGAACUGACGUUCGCUGUGACGGAGGAAGUCUUUGGACAAGUACUCGAGAGGGAGCUAAAGCCGGGCGGUCGAAACGUCCCGGUUACAGAAAAAAAUAAAAAGGAAUAUUUGGAGAGGAUUGUUAGAUGGCGUUUGGAGAGAGGAGUUGGAGAACAAACUGAAUCUUUAGUUAGAGGUUUCUAUGAGGUUGUGGAUCCGCGAUUAGUGAGCGUUUUUGAUGCUAGGGAACUCGAAUUGGUUAUUGCGGGGACAGCGGAAAUCGAUUUGGUUGAUUGGAGACAACAUACAGAGUAUAGGGGCGGUUAUCAUGACCAAAAUCCUGUGGUUGUUUGGUUUUGGCAAGCUAUUGAGAGGUUUUCCAAUGAGCAAAGGCUUAGGCUUCUUCAAUUUGUAACAGGCACUUCAAGUAUACCGUUCGAAGGUUUUUCGGCCUUGAGAGGUUCGAUAGGUCCUCGAAAAUUUUGCAUAGAAAAAUGGGGCAAACCAAACAGUCUUCCCAGAGCUCAUACUUGUUUUAAUCGUUUAGAUUUGCCGCCCUAUCCCACUUCUGAAGUUUUAUAUGAAAAGCUGCUGUUGGCUGUUGAAGAGACUAAUACUUUUGGUAUAGAGUAAAGAACAGACUAUAGUAAUAAGAAUUUGGUUUUAAUUGGACUAGAAUUGUACUUAUAAAGAGAAUCAGUUCGUCUGAUUGUUGUUCCAUUAGUUUGCUUUCAAAUGAGUUAAUAUUUAAAUUAUUUGAAAGUUGUUCCUUUUUUAUUUUUGUAUAUUUAAAAAGUUAAAUUUAGAAGCCAGUAUUUGAACAAUUAAGACUAUUUUUUAUAUUUUAAAUAAGCUAUACCCCACAUAUCUCAUGCAGACCUUCUAAAUGCCAGUUUUAUGCUAUUGUAUUGCUAAAAAUUAAUAAGAUAAUAUUCAAUGUUUAAAGAAAAAUUUACCGUUUUCAAUUCACCAUUUUUAAAUGUAAAGCCCAUAGAAAUGUUUUUAAAAUAUUUUUAUAAAUAUAAAAACUCAUAAUAUUUACCAAAUACUUGUACAGUUUUUAAAAUCUUUAAUCUAAUUUUAUGUUAAGCAUUGUAAAUAAUAUUUAUUUGUUUAUAUAGACAUUACGUUUUUAGUCAUAUUUAUUAACAACAAUCUUAUAUUAUAUUAACUAACAAAUUAAUAAUUGCUGUUUUAAAAAUAUUAAAUUUAAAUUCUUUUAACUGAUAGAAGUGUUAAUACCUAAAGUUUAUCACUUACAAUAGGUAUUUUUCAAUUGG